ACAAAUCAGGCCGAAAAUGAUCCCACCGGACAGUAUGAAGGGCCCUCCCAUCACUAUAGACAGCAGGAAUCUCCAUCUCCCCAGCAGCAGCUGACUGUUUCUUCCCAGGUAGAGGGGCUUGGGCAAAUGCCCAGGACCCACCGGCUGAUAACACUUGCUGAUCACAUCUGUCAAAUUAUUACACAGGAUUUGACUAGAAAUCAGGUCUCCUCACAGCCUCUGCAGCAGCCUCCUACUUCGACAUUCCAAAAUUCCCCGUCUGCUUUGGUGUCCACACCUGUGAGGACAAAAGCAAGUCACUAUAGCCCAGAUUCCCAGUCCCAGCCUUUCCAUCACCAAAGACCAAGUUCAAGGGUCUCUCCAGAAAGUGUUGUGGACAAAUGCAGGGGAAGGCCUGGAAAAUCCCCAGAGAGGAGUCUUGUUUCUUCAGAGACCUACGAACCCAUUUCCCCACCCCAAGUUCCAGUUGUACAUGAAAAACAGGACAGUCUGCUGCUGCUGUCUCAGAGAGGAGCCGAGCCUGUGGAGCCAAGGAAUGAUUCCCGUUCACCAGCAAGUAUAAGCUACUUGCCUUCAUUCUUCACCAAGCUUGAAAACACUUCACCCAUGGUUAAAUCAAAGAAGCAGGAGAUUUUUCGUAAGUUAAACUCUUCUGGUGGAGGUGACUCUGAUAUGGCAGCUGCUCAGCCAGGAACUGAGAUCUUUAAUCUGCCAGCAGUCACUACCUCAGGCUCAGUAAGCUCUAGAGUCCAUUCUUUUGCGGAUCCUGCCGGCAAUCUGGGGCUAGAAGACAUUAUUAGGAAAGCUCUCAUGGGAAGCUUUGAUAACAAAGUGGAUGAUCAUGGAGUUAUCAUGCCCCAGCCUGUGGCCGGAGGGCCUGGGAGCACCAAUACCUCUGUUGUGUCCACUGGAGAGGCACGAAGAGAAGAAAGGGACCCAUCACCUAAUGCAAGAGGAGGAGUUUGUAAACCAAAGCCAAUCAGCAAGUCAAGCAGCAGGAAAUCUAAAUCUCCUAUCCCUGGGCAGGGAUACUUAGGAACAGAGCGACCUUCUUCUGUCUCCUCUGUACAUUCAGAAGGGGAUUACCAUCGGCAGACACCAGGGUGGGCCUGGGAGGAUAGGCCCUCUUCAACAGGCUCAACGCAGUUUCCUUACAACCCUUUGACUAUGCGGAUGCUCAGCAGUACACCACCAACAUCCACUGCAUGUGCUCCCUCUUCUGUAAACCAAGCAGCUCCUCACCAACAAAGCAGGAUCUGGGAAAGAGAGCCUGCCCCACUUCUCUCAGCACAAUAUGAGACACUGUCGGACAGUGAUGACUGA